AUGACCUCAACCCCAACAAUCCUCCUCCUAGGAACAUGCGACACCAAACUCCCCGAACUCCUCUACACAAAAUCAGCCAUCCUCGCACAAGGACCAAGCAAAGUCCUAAUACUAGACAUCGGCCGAACCCCUUCUUCCUCCUCGGAAGUAGAUAUCAAACAAUCCGACCUCCUCAACACCCAAUUCCAACACAAUGAUGUCAAACAAACAUCUACCCCGCCACCACACCCACCGACAUCGGAAAAAUCAAAAGCAAAAGAAAUAAGUAACCUGGAUCGCGAUAGCUACAUCAAAACCCUAUCACCCUACGUAGCAGGGUAUAUAUCCAACCUAAACGCAGCUCGACAAAUCCACGCUGUUCUCGCUAUAGGCGGAUCAUGCGGCACGGCACUCGCUACCGCCGCCCUGCGCGACGGGUUACCAGUUGGAUUUCCGAAAUUGAUGGUUUCAACCAUGGCAUCUGGGGACGUUGGGCCUUAUAUUGGGGAAACUGAUAUCGCGAUGAUGUAUAGUGUUGUUGAUAUUGCGGGUCGGAAUCGAGUUUUGGAUACCGUGUUGCAGAAUGCGGCUGGUGCUGUUGCGGGCAUGGGGCGCGUUUAUUCAAGUCAGCAACUUGAACAGCAAGACUCGGAGGCUACUAGUUCUGUGAGGAUCGGAAUUUCCAUGUUCGGCGUCACGACGCCGGCUGUUACUACUGCUCGAAAGCAUCUCGAGUCUAUACUGCCCGGUUGCGAGGUUUAUGUUUUUCAUGCAACUGGGUCUGGGGGUCGAGCUAUGGAGAGACUUAUAUCUGAGGGACAGCUAGAUGCUGUGUUAGAUUUAACGACUACGGAGAUUGCGGAUGAGGUCGUGGGCGGAGUGCUGAGUGCUGGGCCGGACAGACUGGUUGCUGCGACGAAGAGGGAUAUACCGCGGGUGGUUAGUGUUGGUGCGUGUGACAUGGUGAAUUUUGGCACUUUUGAUUCGAUUCCGGAGAAAUUUGCGAAUGAUGGAGCGAAGCGGGUGUUUCAUCGGCAUAAUCCGACUGUUACGCUUAUGCGGACUACUGAGAAGGAAUGUCGGGAUAUCGCGAGGGUUAUCGCGAGGAAUAUUCGGGGUGCUUCGCGGACAAAGGUCUUGUUGCCGAUUGGGGGUGUGAGUAUGGUUGAUGUUCCUGGACAACCGUUUUGGAAUCCGGAUGUUGAUGGGGAUUUCUUCUCUGCUCUUGAAGAGGAACUGUGUGACAGUGAGAUAGAGAUUGUGAAGGAUGGGCGUGACAUUAAUCACCCGGAGCUUGCGAAACUUGCAGCAGAGAUGUUGAGAGAUUUGAUUAAAGUCUCGAUAUAG